AUGGCUCUCCAAAAAGUCUUUCGCCUUCCCCAGCGCACUUCCAUUCACGAUCUUGUUGUCAAUGACGAACCUAUUCCUGUCCCCUCCCCCAACGAAGUCCUCAUCAAGAUCAGAAAGGUAUCACUCAACUACCGCGAUGUUGCAGUAGCCACCAGCAAAUACCCAUUUACCGUAAAGGGCAACGUGGUUCCUUGCUCCGAUUUCGCCGGAGACGUGGUUAGUGUUGGCAAUCGAGUGGAAGGCUUUGCUCCACAUGAUAGAGUCAUCUCCUCUUUCGACCUGAACACGCCGUAUGGAGCAAUCCAGGAUUGGAAUCACAGUCUUGGAGGAAAUGUUGAUGGCGCACUCAGGCAAUAUAUAGCAUUGCCUAGCGAUGCCUUGGUCAAGAUCCCCGAAGACAGCCAACUUGAUUACGCGCAAGCAUCAACUCUGGUUUGCACUGGAGCUACGGCGUGGAAUGCUUUGUAUGGAAACGUUGCCUUAAAACCAGGACAGACAGUUCUCUUUCUCGAACAAUACGGAGUGGACUACACCAUCAACUAUAACCAAACCCCCGAUUGGUCUAGUGAAGUGUUGAAGAUAACCAAGGGUCGGGGAGCCGAUUUCAUUCUGGAAAAUGGUGGUGCAGGGACCAUCGCAAAGAGCAUUGAUGCAGUGGCGUACGGAGGAAACAUCUCGGUGAUUGGAUUCCUCGCUGCAUGUGCCCAAGAUGAAAUGCCAGAUGUUGCUGCCCUCGCGUUGUCAAAGGGGGCCGUUGUCCGUGGCAUCAUGGUUGGAUCCAAACAGCAGCUUGAAGACGUCACUCGCUUCGUGGUGGCCAAAGGCCUGAAGUUGCCGGUGGAAAAGGAGUUCGGGUUUAGCCGCGACGAGGUUAUUGCGGCAUGUGAAUACAUGAUGGGGGGGCAACAUAUUGGUAAAAUCUGCAUUAGCGUGGCUUAA